AUGCUGAAAUUCUUCGUCUCCACGUCCUUGGUCUUGCUGGCCUCCACCGUGACCGGCUUGGCCGCGCCCACCCCGCCAGGCCUAGAGUUCCUGUACUCGCUCAACUGCACCCUUGGCGAGAUAUUCACCACCGGCGUUGGGCCAUACGGAGAGGUCCGCGUGAUCCCCAUCACCGGCGGGUAUUUUGAAGGUCCUAAGAUGAAGGGCGAUGUUCUCAACCUUGGUGCAGAUUGGAACUAUCUCGAUAAUCAUGGCACUACCCACCCCGACACGAGGUACUCCCUGCGGACCGAUGACGGUGAAAACAUCUACAUCAAAACCGCUGGAUCCGCACAGUCUGACGGCCUGACGCAUCUUCGUGGAAUCUACGAGACAGGAUCGGAGAAGUAUUUCUGGCUCAACUACGUCACAGCCGUUGGCAUUUUGCGCAGCGGGGCAGCGUCCAAUGUCUUGAUCGAUAUGUGGUAUCUCACGUCACCUCCGAACGGCACUGUCGCGGUUAGAGAAUAA